AUGAGGCCUGCAGCCAAGGCAGCGGUGGCAGCAUGGCGCAUCCUCGUGCUCGCGUCCCUCCUGUGGACGCUGGCCCUCGCAAAGGAUGCGCCCGACAUGUCCGUCAACAAGUUCAACCACCCGCCGCUCUUUCUCAACUACUUCGAGGACAGCGACGUCGUCAUCUUCCACGACAUCCAGGAGCACAACGUCUACCGCUCCCGCGACGCCGGCGUCAGUUGGUCCCGCAUCGACUCCAUCCCCGAGGGCCAGUCCUUCUUCCUCGUCAUGCACGCCGUCGACACCAAGGCUGCCUUUGUCAUGACCCCGAGCGGCACCCACUACAAGACUGACGAUCGAGGCGACAGCUGGACAAAGUUCACCACAAAGUCCCUCCCUAGCAAGUUUCAGCCCGAGAUCCUCAUCUUCCACGCCGACGACCCGAACCGAAUCAUAUUCAACGCCAUGGACUGCCAGGGCAUCUUCUGCGACGAGCAGGCCCUCUACACCCUCGACGGCUUCAAGACCGUCAAGCUGCUCCGCUCCUUCACCGUCGGCUGCUGGUGGGCAAGGUCGUCCAAGGAGUUUACAACCGGCGACGCCGAGCUCGACAAGACGCGCACCCUGUGUAUCGUCAAGGACCCCUUCUCCUUCUUCCGCCAGGACCAGAGGCUGCUCGUCUCCGAUGCCUUCUACGCCGUGGCCGGCAAGGACAUCCAGGAGUUCGAGCCCAACGUCAACGGCGCCAAGGGCGUCUCCGGCGUCAUGAGCUUGGCCAUUGUCAAGAAAUUCCUCGUCGUCGCCACAGCCUCCCUGCGCAGCGACGAGAUGGCUCUAUACGUCACCGAUGACACCAUCAAAUGGCACCGCGCCAUGUUCCCCAGUGACGACAGCCACGAUCAUUCCCACCAGAUCAACCAGGAGGCCUACACGGUUCUCGAGGGCACUAAUUACAGCAUUCAGAUCGACGUCAUGACGUCUCGGCCCUCGACCCCGAUGGGCGUCCUCUUUACGAGCAACUCAAAUGGCACCUACUUUACCGAAAACAUCCCCUACACCAACCGUAACGUCAAGGGCCAUGUCGACUUUGAAAAGAUCUCCGGCAUCCAGGGCAUCUUUCUCAUCAACAUUGUCGAGAAUGGCAACGACGUCGACAAGAAGGGCGCCGACAAGACCAUCGUGACCAAGAUCACCUUCGACGACGGCAGGACAUUCCAAGAGCUCAAGGCUGGCCAAGAGAGGCUGCACCUCCACUCUGUUACUGAACUGGACAACGUUGGCCGCGUCUUUUCGAGCCCGGCACCUGGACUCGUCAUGGGCAACGGAAACGUGGGCAAGCAUCUCACAAAGUUCACCGACGCCAACCUGUACGUCUCUGACGAUGCCGGGUUGACUUGGACAAAGGCUCUCGACGGCCCGCACAAGUUUGAGUUCGGCGACUCGGGAUCCGUUCUCGUCGCCAUCAAGGACUCCAAGAAGGAGGACGUCAAGGAGUUGUCGUACUCAUUGGACCACGGCCAGAACUGGAAGCAGGUUCCCUUGCCCAAUGACCUGAGCAUCAAGCCCGACUUCUUGACGACGACGCAAGACUCCACCAGCCUCAAGUUCAUUCUUGUGGGAGAACGGGAGCACACAUACCAUAUGGUCGCCAUCAACUUUGAAGGGCUCAACGAGCGCAAGUGCGGAGACGAUGACAUGGAGGACUGGCAUGCCCGCGUGGACAAGGACGGAAACCCGACUUGCAUCAUGGGCCACAAGCAGACCUACCGUCGCCGCAAGAAGUCGGCCGACUGCUUCGUCAAAAGCGAGUUCAAGGACCCGGUUCCCCAGAUGGAGGAUUGCGAGUGCUCCGACGCCGACUUUGAGUGCGACUACAACUUCCAAAGGGACCCUGAGGACAAGACCAAGUGCAAAAAGGCCGGCCCCAUCCCGGUGCCGGAUGACGCCUGCAAGGAUGACCCCCACGGCUCAUUCAAGGGCUCAAGCGGGUGGAGGCUCAUUCCUGGAGACACGUGUAAGCGGAUCGGCGGCGGGCAAAAGGACGACAAGGUGGACAGGAACUGCUCCGAUGGCAUCUCUGCUCCGCUCCCUCCGACCAAUGACAAGGUCACCAGCAAACAGUUCGUCUUCGACUCGGGACUCAAGGAUUUUGAGAAGAUCUACCUUGAAAGGGGCGACGCAAGCGCCUCGACGGACGAAACCGUCAUUGUGCGGCCGGCCGAGUUCGAGGCGAGCGGACGCAUGAAGGUGGAAAACAAGCUGUGGAUUUCCCAUGACCACGGCAAACAAUGGGAUCGCAUCCUCGAGGGGGAAACCGUUGAUGGAAUCCAUCCCCAUCUCUACUUUAAAGACGUUGUCUUUUUCACGACCAAGCACGAAAAGGUCAUCUACACCAUGGACCGAGGCCGAUCUUUCCACAAGUUUGCAGCGCCCACGAAGCCCUUGCCAGGCGAGGCCCAUCUCAGCUUUCACCCAGACAAGAAGGACUGGUUGAUCUGGCUGGGCGACAAGUGUGAGAAGGUCGGAAGCAGCAAAUCGUGCCACAAGGAAGCCUCCCUGUCCACCGACCGCGGCGACAACUGGAGGACCAUUCAGCGCUACGCUGAGAAGUGUGAGUUUACAGGAAACUCGGCGUAUAACUUCCGCGAGUUGAAGCAGAUUGUCUGCCUCGUCAGGAAGGAGGAGAAGACGACUGGACCGAUGACGGUGGUCUCAAGUAACGAUUUUUUCUUCGAGGACAAGGACAUGCACCAGGGCGACGUCAUCAACUUUGCGACGAUGAGCGAGUUCAUUGUCUUGGCGGCAAAGGAUGAGAAGAGCGACCAUCUCCUCGCGCUGGCCAGCCUGGACGGUAAGCGUUACGACAUGGCGCAUUAUCCCCAUAACUUCCGCGAAGGUCACGAAAACCAGUAUACGCUGCUCGACAGCUCGACCCAUGCCAUCAACCUGUUUGUGAGGACCGAGGCAGGAGUCGACCGGCAGUACGGGUCAAUCAUCAAGAGCAACUCAAACGGCACAAGCUACGUCCUCAGCGCAACCAACGUCAAUUGCAACGAGGAGACGUACGUCGACUUUGAAAAGGUGGCGGGCUUGGAAGGCGUAACACUGAUCAACGUGGUGACCAACACGGACAAGAGCGAGAAGAAGAAGAUUCUGCAGACCAAGAUCUCCCACAACGACGGCUCGGAAUGGGGUUUCAUGGCCCCUCCGCCCAAGGACGUAGAUGGCAACGCGUACCCGUGCAGCAGCUCCAAGGGAGACGCCUCGUGCGCGCUCCACCUGCACCACUUCACUGAGCGGGACGACAGGCGACGAACAUUUGCAGCGGACACGGCCAUUGGGCUCUUGUUUGGCAUCGGAAACGUGGGCUCCAGCCUGGGCGACAUGAAGGACGCCGACACGUUUUUGUCAACCGACGGAGGCCUGACUUGGAAGAACGUCAAGAAGGGCGUCUGGUCAUGGCAGUACGGCGACCAGGGGUCUAUCAUUGUGUUGGUGCAGAGGGCUACGCGAGCCAAUCCUGUCAAGGCCAAGGCUGUCUCGUACUCGCUCGACGAGGGCCAGACGUGGAAGGACCACCCAUUCUCGGAGAGCGACGUGACGGUUCUCGACAUUACGACUCUCAAGUCGGGCACGUCGCGGAACUUUUUGCUGUGGUGCAAGUCGGCCGAAAACAAGAUAUUCUCGGUCAAUCUCGACUUCGCCGGGCUGACGAACAAGGCGUGCGAGUUGAAGAAGGACUCAGACUCCGAGUCGGACUAUUACCUUUGGUCACCCAAGCAUCCGCUCCAGAAUGACGAUUGCCUCUUUGGUCACGUGUCCAGGUACCUGCGCAAGAAGACAGACCGCAUGUGCUACAACGAGCAGAGUCUGCAGCGGCUCUAUGACCAUACCAACUGCGCGUGCAGCCGGCGAGACUACGAGUGUGCGUUCAACUACGAGCUCGACAACCACGGGCAAUGCACGCUGGUUGCCGGUCUCGACCCGCUGUCGGGCAAAGAAUGGUGCGCCAAGAACCUCAAUGCGACGUCUUGGUUCGAGCCGACAGGAUAUCGCAAGGUGCCCUUGUCGACUUGCCAAGGAGGCAACGAGCUGGACAAGACGUCGACGGAACACGCUUGCGAAGGGCACGAGGAAGAGUUUGAGAAGAAGCACCGGACAUCGGGCGUGGUCAUCUUCCUGGCCGUGGUGAUACCGUUUGCCGCGGCCGCCGCGGCCGGCUGGUACGUGUACCGCAACUGGGACGGCAAGCUGGGCCAGAUUCGCCUGGGGGAACACUCGUCGACGUUUGACAGCGACCGGCCCUGGAUCAAAUACCCGGUCAUGGCCGUGUCGGCGGUGGCGGCGCUGGUGGCGGCGCUCCCGCUCAUCGUCUCGGGGCUGUGGCGCUCCGUGACGGGCACGUACGACCGGGUGCGAGGCGACCGCGACGGCGGCUGGCUCUCGGGCGGCAACCGGAGGUUCACCACGCGCGACAGCUUUGCCCGUGGCCGCAGCGACUACGCCAUGGUGGAUGACGAGGGCGAACUACUGGGCGACGACAGCGACGAGGAGGUGUGA